CAACAGGUAUGGAUCUUCUGACAUCCUACAUGACCAAAGAAAAGGAAUUGGGUAUUGAAGUUGAUGAUCAAUACUUGAGAGACACAAUUUUGAGUUACAUGCUUGCCGGUCGGGACACUACCAGUUCUGCUCUAACCUGGUUCUUUUGGCUUCUUUCAAAGAACCCACAAGUAGAAAUAAAAAUCCUAGAAGAGCUGAAAUCCAAAGUUCCGAUCAAAGAAGAAUAUUCCAGUGACAAACGAAGGGUUUUCGAGAUUGAAGAGGUGAAGAACCUUGUAUAUCUACAUGGGGCUUUAAGCGAGGCUUUGAGGUUGUACCCACCGGUUCCAAUGGAGCACAAGGAACCUCUGCAACCGGAUACACUUCCGUCCGGCCACCAUGUCAUCCCGACGACAAAGAUCUUGUUUUCGUUUUACGCGAUGGGGAGGAUGGAGUCGAUUUGGGGAGAGGAUUGCUUGGAGUUCAGGCCAGAAAGAUGGGUUUCGGAAAGGGGAGGGAUAAAACACGAGCCAUCGUUCAAGUUUGUGGCUUUCAAUGCUGGACCUCGGACAUGUCUCGGUAAGGAAAUGGCUUGGUGUCAGAUGAAGGCGGUGGCGGCAACUAUUGUUUAUAACUAUCGUGUUGGUGUGGUGGAAGGACAUCCGGUUGUGGCUAAGGGUUCUAUUAUACUUCAUAUGAAGCAUGGGCUGAGGGUUAAGGUCACUAGUAGAUUGCCUGUGAUAUAGAGUAAGUAUGAAACAAAAUGGACAGGGGGUGUUUGAAAAAGUUUAAAAAGUAUUUAAUAUAAAAGUAAUAUUUUU